UUCCCACACAAAGUUUAUUUCUUUACACACCCAAAAAACAGAGAGCUAACUUGCUCUGUUUUUUCUCAUCAUCUUUCUUUCUCCCCCUAAAUUCUCACUUCAUAUAUACUUUAUAUCAACGAUGUCGGUAAAAGAGUGCGGCAAUCACGGGAAAUACCGCCGGAAAAUCUUCCGGCGAAUCAUCGCCGGCAUCCUAAUCUUCAUUCUAAUCGUUCUGAUAACAAUUCUUCUCAUAUGGGCCAUCCUCCGUCCCAGCAAACCCAGGUUCAUCCUCCAAGACACCACCGUCUACGCUUUCAACGCCUCCACCCCUAACCUCCUCACCUCCAAUUUCCAAGUCACUCUAUCUUCUCGAAACCCCAACGACAGAAUCGGCAUUUACUACGACCGGCUCGACGUUUACGCCACCUACCAGAACCAACAAAUCACCCUCCGAACAUCCAUCCCUCCAACGUACCAGGGUCACAAAGAGAUCAACGUUUGGUCACCCUUCGUCAAUGGGAAUUCAGUGCCUAUCGCACCGGAAUAUUCCGCCAGUUUAGGAUCCGAUCAGAGUGCCGGGUCGGUUUUCUUGAUGAUCAAGAUUGAUGGACGGGUGAGAUGGAAAGUUGGGACUUUUAUUUCCGGGAGGUAUCAUCUUUACGUUAGGUGCCCGGCUUUUAUUACCUUCGGCAGCAAAAGUAACGGCGUUUUGGUCGGAGAAAACGCCAUUAAGUACCAGUUGGUGACUAGAUGCAGUGUUAGCGUGUAAGGUGGCUAGCUGAGGAAGAAGAUGAUGAAAGAUAACGCCGUUAAGUAUAUCGUUUGUUUUACCUUGAUAUUAAGACAAUUUCCCUCGUUUGUUAUUUCACGCCGUUAAAUUUUUAUUUUUCUUUUAUUUGGAGGAUAAAUUGUACAUUUUGCUCUAGAAUAAAAUGGAGGAAAAAAUUAGCAAAAUUUACAAUUAAA